UGUGAGAAUCGGAUAAUACUCCUUAUGCACAUUCUUCCAUUGUCCAGUUUACUCUCAGAAGCGUGAGCAGCAUCUGCACUAAGAAAUUAGCAUCUAAUCUUCAUCAAUAUGUCCAUCCGUCGACUUUGGAAAAAGCCCAGAACACUGGGGGAUUUCAGCAUGGUGACAGAGGAGCUGAAGAAUCUUUAUUAUAAGAGGCUGCUGCCAAUAGAGAAAUAUUAUUCUUUCCAUCACUUUCAUUCUCCGAGCUAUGAGGAUGCAGAUUUUGACAACAAACCAAUGGUCUUGGUGAUGGGUCAGUACUCAACUGGAAAGACAACAUUUAUCAGGUAUCUCAUAGAUCAAGAUUUUCCUGGUAGCAGAGUUGGACCAGAGCCAACCACAGACUGUUUUACAGCCCUGAUGUACGGUGAAAAGGAAGGAAUCAUUCCAGGAAAUGCCUUAACAGUGGAUCCAAAAAAGCCAUUUCGUAAUCUUAACCCUUUUGGAAAUGCUUUUCUCAACAGGUUACAGUGCGCCCAGAUGCCAAAUCCCAUCCUUGAGAGUAUCAGCAUUAUUGACACACCCGGCAUCUUGACUGCCGCAAAGAGAAAACUAAGUCGAGGAUAUGACUUCCCUGCAGUCCUGCGGUGGUUUGCAGAGCGUGUGGAUCGAAUCAUCCUGCUGUUUGAUGCACAUAAACUCGAGUUCUCCGAUGAGCUCACCCGAGCCUUUGGGGCUCUAUACGGCCACGAGGACAAGCUGCAUGUCAUCCUGAACAAAGCCGACAGGGUAGACUCGCAACAACUGAUGCGAGUGUAUGGUGCACUCAUGUGGUCGUUGGGGAAAGUGUUUCGAACGCCUGAGAUCCUUCGGGUUUACAUCGGAUCUUUCUGGGCAGAGCCGAGACAGAUAUGUGAUCACUACCAGCUGAUCGAGCUGGAAGAAGAGGAUCUUUUGACUGAUAUUAGGAAUCUUCCACGCAACGCUGUCAUACGAAAACUGAAUGACCUGGUGAAGAGAGCACGCUUAGUGCGGGCACAUGCCCACAUUAUUAGCUAUCUUAAGCAGGAGAUGCCAACCAUUUUUUGCAAAGAAACCAAGAAGCAAAAUCUGAUUUAUGAGCUUCCUGUAAUCUUCAGCAAAAUACAGCAACAACAUCGGGUUCCAGCUGGUGACUUUCCUGAUUGCACCAAGAUGCAGGAGCAACUUUUGGGUCAAGAUUUUUCAAAAUUCAAAGCACUAAAACCAAGUCUCAUGGCUUCUUUGGACAAACUUCUGUCUACAGACAUAGCAAAAUUGAUUCCUUUGAUUCAUCAAGAAGAACUAACAAAAACAUCCCUAGCUGGGGUUUUUGAUGCUGAAUUUUUAGGUACAUUCAAGCCAGAGCAUUACAAGAAUGACCCAUUCAAACAAGCAUCCAAAGAUAGCGAUAGCUAUGACAAAGAUCUCAGUGAGUGGGCGGUGGAGAAACACAAGGCUAAAUACGAUGAGAUUUUCUACAACCUCGACCCAAAGGAGGGCAAAUUGAGCAGCACCAAAGUCAAAGCGUGGAUGAUGACCACCCUGCUACCAACAUCUGUGCUCGGUCAUAUCUGGAGGCUGUCCGAUGUGGAUGGGGAUGGUAUGUUGGACAGUGAGGAGUUUGCUUUAGCUGUUUACCUCAUUGAGGGCAAACUGGAAGGUUACUGGCUGCCACGAGAGCUGCCUUCUCACCUGGUGCCACUGUCAAAAAGACUAACCUCAACCAGUGAUGAAGAGUAAAUAUAGUCGUGACAGGAUGAAGAUGUAUGUAUAUUCCUUGUCCAACAUAAUAUUCCUUAUGAUAAGUAGUUAUGAUGUUCAAAUGCAAAGCACAACAACAAUGGUAAGACAAAACUAAAACCAAAUUUUCUCAGAAGUAUGACUGACUUGUCUCAGUGCUGGAUGCUCCUAUCAUCUUCGCAAUCUCCAUCACUCUGGUGUCCACUUCAUCAGGGAUUAUUUUUGUGGAAGUUGCUCUCAAAACCUCAGUGACACAUUUCUUACAGUCCACGAUACCAUUUGUCAUGUUGCAUUUAUCCCUAGUAUGGAGGAGGGCGUGAAAGUUUGUGGAUGAUACUUCCAGGCAAUCAGGAUUGCCUUUGCCAGCCCUUAUGCACUCAAUGGUAUGUGUCGCACCACAUAUGGCAGCAGGACAGAUUUGGCAUGACACCAUCUUGUGCCAUGUUUAUUUGCCUCUCUUCUGGUCCUGACACCACAGACCUUUAGAUGACUCCAAUAUCUGACAGUGCAUCACUUCAUUCAUGCUACUCAGAGAACAGGGAUCUUUCAACAAACCAUUUCUUACUGAAAAGUUGUGCUGCAACCUUUGUAUGUUUAUUUUUCUGUAACCAUUGUAGUGUUUUGCACUUCAGAGCCAAGUAUGUUUAUCCUAAUCAUGAUCUUAGGUGGUACCAGAUUUACUUAAAAAAAAUCUUGAAAACUAGCAUAUGCUAUUAAACAUUAGCUUCAAGAGCCUAAUUAUAAGUAAAUGGAUUGUUUGUUAAUCAUCACAAAACAUCUGAUACAAAAUCCUGACAUUUACCUCUGAUAACUUCAGCUCAUAUCUAUUGUCUUUAUGCCACAUUUUCUGCAUUGAAGCAGUAAUCCAGAAAAUAACAGCAACAAUCAUCACAUAAAGCUGUUUGUAGCGACAAUUAAUAGGUAUCACAAUAUUUUUACUACAAGCUUGUGUUUAUCUCAUACGGCAGACAUACUGGCCAUAAAUGCAUGUGUGUUCAUGAAAAUCAAAAUUAUAUCAGUAAAACUGGAAAUGUGAUGAGUGAGCAUUACUUUGUUGUGAUAACUUCAUCAUCAUAAUUGUUAUUGUAUGAGAAAAUCUUUGUACUUACAUAGGUGACAGAAUCGCCCAUAUAAUCCUGAGUCACACACACAGGCUCCAUAGAGAUGGUGGCAGUGCCCACUGUUAGGACACUUACAUUUCCUUUGGCAGUGUUUCCCAAAAAAGCCCCGUGGACAACCUGUAAGAACACCAGUAAGAAUGUCAAAGCAUUAUAGAAUUAUCAGAGCAAUAAAAUGAAAGCAUAUCUACAUACAUCUACUUGUAUCUACUUUAAAGCACAUGACUUUAAAUACUCUAAAAUAUUAAACAUUUAGUUAAAACAAAUGGAGCGAGCCUGCGAGCUAGUUCAGGCAGGCAACUCAAGCUGCUUUGCUGCACAUAUACUUGACAUAUUUCAUAUAAUCUGUUACACACACUGUAAUAGAUGUACAUGCGUUCUACUAAACAUCACUUCAAAUUGGGCAGGCUGUUAACAAUGCAGUUUCCCAGAGCUCCCCUCUGACUGUGAAAGCCACCACUACUACUCCAUCAAGGUCACUGCCUGCUGUCAGUCCCGCCUCCACUCCAGCAGCCACCUGUGGGCUCCACGUGGGGGAAAUGUGUAUACGUAUCUAAUCAUCACUCUCCAAUAUCACAAGUAAUAAUCUCAAACUCAACCUAUGUGCUGCUGUAGGCUGCUAAUAUUUUCAUUUGUCAGUUGUCUGACUGAACUACAGAUAAAGCAUGCAUAUAUAUUGACGCCUAUCUUGCUAGUGUGGGAGUGGCUUGAUAAUAUUUUACAUCUUCCUGACAAAAAAAAGCAAAAUAUUUAUACAUGGCUAACUUUGUGUAAUCUGACCCCAGGUUGUCCUCUGACAUGCAUAUUAACAGCUUGAACACCAUCAUGCAUAACAUUUGCAAUGCUGUUUGCUGCACUUCCCACAUGGCUUGAAAAGGGUGAAGAUGUUUUGUUCACUCUUCCACAGAGAUUGCUCAACCAAAUGCAGGAAUAUUUAUACUCACUCAUCAUCUCAUCACACAAAUUUAUACUGAUUGUGUGACUUUGAAACAUUCAGUUAUGUUUUGUUG